CAAUGGCCGGGUGUGGGGGUAUGAGGUGGGAGCUGAGACUUCCUAUCCCUGACACAGGAACAUGGCACUGCUCCGGGGGCUCCUGGUGUUUAGCUUGUCCUGCCUGCAAGGCCCCUACUUGGUGUUCUCUCCUGUGAGUGCCAUGGGGCCCUUGGACCAGCAGUUCAUGAGAGGGCAGAGCAGGGAGAAGUUUCCCCCGUUUCCCCUCUUCAAGUUGAACAAGGAGCAUGAUGCCCUGAAAAGGGCCCCAGCAGACUGUGAGGGGACCUCAACCCCGGAGCAGACUCGCAGGCUGGCCCAGGCCAUGAUGGCUUUCACCACAGACCUAUUCUCCCUGGUUGCCCACACGUCAACCAGCCCCAACCUCAUCCUGUCGCCCCUGAGCGUGGCCCUGGCACUGUCUCACCUGGCGCUAGGUGCUCGGAACCAGACAUUGCAGAGGCUGCAGCAGGUGCUGCAUGCGGACUCAGGGCCCUGCCUUCCCCACCUGCUGAGCCGCCUCUACCGGGACCUGGGCCCUGGGGCAUUCCGACUGGCUACCAGAAUGUACCUACAGAAAGGAUUUCCCAUCAAAGAGGACUUCCUGGAACAGUCAGAACAGCUUUUUGGCACAAAGCCCAUGAGCCUGACGGGAAGGCAGGGGGAUGACCUGGCGAGCAUCAACCAGUGGGUGAAGGAGGCCACGGAGGGGAAGAUUGAGAACUUCCUCUCAGAGCUGCCUGAAAACACAGUGCUGCUACUGCUUAACGCCAUCCACUUCCAGGGUCUCUGGAGGAACAAGUUUGACCCAAGCCUCACCCAGAGAGACACCUUCCACCUGGACAAGCAGUUCACAGUGCCUGUGGACAUGAUGCGAGCCCACAAGUACCCUCUGCGCUGGUUCUUGCUGGAGCAGCCUGACAUACAGGUGGCUCACUUCCCCUUUAAGAACAACAUGAGCUUUGUGGUCAUUGUGCCUGCUCAGUUUGAGUGGAACGUGUCCCAGGUGCUGGCCAACCUGAGCUGGGACACCCUGCACCAGCCUGAAGUGCAGGAGAGGCCCACCGAUGUCCAGCUGCCAAAGCUGCACCUGAAAUACCAGCUGGACCUGGUGGCCAUCCUUAGCCAGCUGGGCCUGCAGAAGCUGUUCCAGGCACCAGACCUGCGAGGGAUCUCUGACCAGAGCCUAGUGGUGUCCAGCGUGCAGCAUCAGUCCACCUUGGAACUGAGUGAAGCCGGUGUGGAGGCAGCCGCGGCAACCGGCACGGCCAUGUCCCGCAUGUCCCUCUCCUCCUUCAGCGUGAACCGCCCUUUCCUCUUUCUCCUCUUUGAGGACACCACAGGCCUGCCCCUCUUUGUGGGCAUCGUGAGGAACCCCAACCCUGGCGUGGAGCGGGAGCGCAAGGAGCAGGAUUCCCCCGAAGACAACCCCUUCCAGAAACUGAAAACCUUCCUCCACGGACACAGGCCCUUUGGCCCUGACUUGAAACUUGUGCCCCACUUGGAGGAGGAUUACCCCCAACCUAGCAUCCCCAAGUGA